AUGGCUGAAAGUAUGAGCCUAUCUCAAAAAGUCAAUCCCCGAUCUCCCUACUAUGUUAAUCCCGAUUAUCAACCCGACGAAAACCUUCCUAUGGUUAUACUCAACCAAGCCGGCGACAAUUACUUCAUCUGGAAUAACCAUUUUCUUGAGUUUCUCGGAAGCAAGAACAAAACCAGGGUUAAGAGCUGGAUGAUGAACUCGGUGAGCGAAAACUUUCGAAACUACGUGCAUUUCGCUGAAACUGCGCAUAAAGCAUGGGAAGAUCUCCGUACGAUAUUCGUUCCUAACGUCGAUAUGAGGAUCUACCAGCUUCGUCAGAGAAUCGCGAUGUGCGAGAUCACGGAACGGGCCAAAGAGGCGAGGGAGAAGGAGCAGCUUACUGCGUUUGUGAUGGGUUUGGACAAGGAUCUAAGCUAUGUGACAACGCAUAUCAUGCUCAUGGAUCCAAGUCCUUCUGUUGACCAAGCCUACGGUUUGGUUGCCCGAGCUGAAUCGGACAUGAAGAGCAGACGCUGA